AUGAUGCCAUUCAAUGGUCAGGCCUCAGGUAAUGAGGACCAGUCGGGGUCACAAUCAAUAAACCGAGAUGGGCCCGAAGUGAAUAGGGAAGCCGAAGGGCUACAUGAGCCAAUAUCCUUUAAACGGAAAACAAAACAGCGAUCGCGAUUCAGCCUGUCCAGUCUUCUCUCCCCUACCGCUGGCGGUUCGGACAUUGGGUUCAGCUCUCCCGCGCCGCAAGGUGGACAUAACGGAGACGUAUCGCCCCUCGAUCCUUAUGCGCCAAUCGGAUUCAAUGAUGGCGCCGAGGGAUCAAAAGAAGGUGGCCCAUCAGACUGGUAUGUCGAAGGGCCUGGCAGACGCGUGGGCUAUGACGACUUUACCGCUAUCGAUUGGAUUUACGAGUACACAAAAGAGAGACAGAGGAAACGACUUCUUUACUCAAGUGGCCAAGGGUUAUUGGGACACGCCCGCCGGCUUCUUGAUGGAAGCAAUAUUUGGUUGGUUUUGAUUGCGACAGGUAUCGCUGUAGGCAUAAUUGCUGCCUCAAUCGAUAUUGCUACAGAUUGGCUAGGUGAUUUGAAAGCCGGAUAUUGCAAGAGUGGCAGUGGAGGUGGAAAAUUCUACCUGAAUAAGAGUUUCUGCUGCUGGGGGCUAGAUGAUUACUCAAAGUGUCUAGAUUGGACACCUUGGGGGAAUGCAUUGGGCGCCAGCUCCAAAGGAGGAACAUACACGGUUGGAUACGUCUUCUACGUCGUUUUUUCGGUCUUUUUUGCGGCAUGUGCUUGCUUUUUGGUUAGGAACUAUGCCAUCUAUGCUCGACACAGCGGAAUUCCCGAAAUCAAAACCAUUCUUGGCGGCACUGUCAUCCGACAUUUCAUGGGCCCAUGGACCCUGGCUAUCAAAUCCCUAGGCCUGGUGAGUGCAGCCGCAUCCUCUGAGAGGGAUAUUUACUCAUCAAUACCACAGUGUCUUUCUGUCGCAUCAGGACUGUGGCUAGGUAAAGAAGGCCCACUUGUGCAUGUUGCUUGCUGCUGUGCCAACAUUCUGAUGAAACCAUUCGACAGCCUGAACGGUAAUGAAGGUAUGUUUACUAUUCUGCAUUCAUACUACCCACGUACUCAUAUUGUAGCACGCAAACGAGAGGUUCUUUCGGCAGCUGCGGCCGCAGGUAUCUCAGUCGCUUUCGGAGCGCCCAUUGGAGGUGUGCUCUUUAGCUUGGAGCAACUAUCAUAUUAUUUCCCGGACAAGACUAUGUGGCAAAGCUUUGUUUGCGCCAUGGUUGCGGCUGUAACUUUGCAAGCCUUGAACCCGUUUCGAACAGGAAAGAUUGUGCUCUACCAAGUCACAUAUACCCGAGGCUGGCAUCGCUUUGAAAUUAUCCCAUUCAUCAUACUAGGGAUCAUAGGGGGCCUCUACGGUGCAUUCCUUAUCCGACUCAACACAAGAAUUGCCAAGUGGAGGCGAGCUCGGACCUCUUCCCGGCCGAUUAUUGAAGUAGUGAUCGUGGCUCUGAUCACGGCUUUGGUCAAUUAUCCCAAUCAUUUCAUGCGAGCUCAGAACUCAGAGCUUGUCCAGUCCUUAUUUGCGGAGUGUAACAGUGCCACGGUCGAUCGAUUCGGUCUUUGUGCUACAGGCUCUGCCUCUAUCGGCGUGGCAAUCUACCUCGUGGUGGCUGCACUGCUUGCAUUUUUCUUGGCCUCGUUGACCUUUGGCCUCGAGAUCCCUGCGGGUAUCAUUCUCCCUUCAGUUGCCAUCGGUGCCCUUUAUGGCCGAGCUUUGGGUAUCAUAGUUCGCAUGUGGCAAGAAGCUUACCCGAAGGCUUUUCUGUUUGCAAAAUGCGAGCCAGAUAUUCCGUGUGUCACGCCUGGACUGUACGCCAUUAUUGGCGCUGCCGCUGCCCUUGGUGGUGCGACUCGAAUGACUUUGUCUAUUGUUGUAAUCAUGUUCGAGUUGACUGGUGCAUUGACAUAUGUCAUUCCAAUCAUGAUCGCUGUGAUGCUGUCCAAGUGGUGCGGUGACAUCUUUGGCAAACGAGGUAUCUACGAAUCAUGGAUUCGAUUGAACGAGUACCCAUUCCUCGAUCAUCGUGAUGAUACUAUGCCACCAGAUGUAUCGGCCCAUCGGGUCAUGACAACAGUGGAUGAUAUCAGCAUUAUCACCGCGACUGGCCACACGAUCUCUUCUAUCCGCACUCUGCUCGCGAAUACCACGUAUCGUGGGUUCCCUGUUGUCUCUGAAACUUCAAGUCCUAUUCUUGUGGGGUAUAUCACUCGCAAUGAGCUUUCUUUUGCUCUAAAGUAUUCUACCUCACCUUCCACUCGCAAUCUCUCCGAUGAGACACAGGUUUUCUUUUCCCACCAACCAUUCGCGGACCCCGUUGAUACGCUUGAUCUGCGACCUUGGAUGGAUCAAACGCCCAUCACGUUGAACAGUAACAUCACGUUCUUAAUCGUGCUUCGAAUGUUCCAGCGCCUGGGCUUACGUUAUGUGCUUUUUGCCAAUAAGGGCAUUCUGCAAGGGUUGUUGACCAAAAAGGACGUUUGGUCAGUGCUCAACGGUGUCGAAUUUCGCCGAGAAGAAUCCCUUCGAGAUGAGGAGUUCCAACGUUCUGAGAUCCAUCACGCCGCCGAGGAAGUUGGACUACUCGAUGGCAACGAUAGGUCUAGCAUCGGCAGUUCUUUAAGGCGGGAAUCUCUUUGA